AUUUAGUUUUCAAAAUACAAAGCUUUUGGAAUAAUCAUUUAGCUCCUUAUGGAAUCUCAAUCUCAUAAGGAUAUGGUGGAAUCAGAAUAUCAAUAAGCAAAAUUUGGUACAUUGUUUCAAAACAUUUGUCUUGAUUCACAUUUUAUUUGUUCCUCAUUUUCCACCAUUUUCCAAAACCAAAAAAAACAAUUAACAAAUAAAGAUAUGUAUUCGACCAGAUUAUAAAAGCACGAGAUACUAUAAACUCGAAUUAGGAUCUGAAAAUCCCCUAACGCUAACAUCUCUAGCAGAUAAAAAUAUUAAAUUUAUAUCCGAAGAGAGUAGAGAGAAGGUGACUACAGAUUCUAAUGCCGAAAAAGCCUCGUGCCGGAUAAAAAUCAGGAAGAAAAAUGACGGAUAAGUUGCUUAGGAGAACCCUAAAGAACAAACCCUAUGGUUUUUUUCAAUAUAGCGCAGCUAUGACUCGACACGCUUCCAUUGAGAUUUUUUGGAAGGCGAUCUUAAGGGCUGCGCGCUAUACAAUUGAGAAGAACACUGUUCUAAAACAUAGACCCUAAUUCGCUACGAAUGCCAUAGGAAUUCAGACAAGAGCAGCGAGUAAGCUUUAUAUAUGGGAGACAUGUUCUGCCCUAAUCCAGCCUCCUACGUGUCUUCUGAAUAUUGAACUUAAGGCCCAUUGUAAGCCCAUAUAACAUGAUCGUCACAAAGAUACUACUGGAAAUGUCACACAAGUGUCUCGUGUCAAAACAUUUCGAUGGAAUGAUUUAGGAAAAUAUGUUUAGUACUGUUACAAAAACAAAUCUGACAAGGAUAUGUAUGCGUUAGAUAGGUUAGUAUAAUAACUGGAUUUUGUCACUAAUAUCUGUUACAUGUCAACAUAAUUAGAUGGGAAUGGAUUAAAAAGUAACGGAUUUUUUGUUAAUGCAGUAUUUAUAGUUUAUAGUUUUAUACCAACAUUACGUUUUGACUUUACCAUUAUUAUAAAACAGAUUAUCUAACAAGGAUAUGUGAGUUACAGCACUGUCUACAAAUAUUUACUUCACAAAACAGCUGUGAUGCAACUUCAAACGAAUAUUCAGUUAUGUAAUACAUUCCAAAAAUAUAAUGUUCGACAGUUAUCAAAGAUCACACUCCUCUUCACCCUCCCUAUAUACAUCUCUCGUCUCAUCCAUCACAAAACACAAAAGAAAACAGAUUGUAAGUCGACAUGAGUUCCCUCCAAGACGCGAAAAAUGGGGCGGUGUUAGAGACGCAGUCGUCGUCUUCCACGGUGGUGGUACAUAGUGGUGAACCAUCACCGCUUAGAAAAAUCAUAUCUGUAUCUUCUAUCGCCGCCGGUGUACAGUUCGGGUGGGCUCUACAGCUAUCUCUCCUGACUCCGUACGUGCAGCUUCUCGGAAUCCCGCACAAGUGGUCCUCCCUCAUCUGGCUAUGUGGUCCCAUCUCCGGCAUGCUUGUACAACCAACCGUCGGUUACUACAGCGACCGAUGCACGUCAAGAUUCGGUCGUCGCCGGCCCUUUAUCGCUUCCGGAGCCGUCCUGGUGGCCGUCGCUGGUUUACUCAUCGGAUACGCCGCUGAUCUCGGCAAGCUAGCUGGAGACAAACUCGACGAGACAGUGAAGGUACGUGCCAUAUGGUUCUUCGCUCUUGGUUUCUGGAUCCUGGACGUAGCCAACAACACUCUCCAAGGACCUUGCCGCGCGUUUCUAGCGGAUUUAGCCGCGGGAGACGCGAGGAAAACGCGGACCGCAAACGCGUUUUUCUCGUUCUUCAUGGCUGUCGGAAACAUUUUGGGGUACGCGGCGGGAUCGUACACCAACCUCCACAAGAUGUUUCCGUUCACGAUGACUAAAGCGUGCGAUGUAUACUGCGCGAAUCUCAAGAGCUGUUUCUUCCUUUCCAUCAUUCUCCUCCUAGUCCUCACCGUUGUGUCGCUCUAUUACGUCAAAGACAAGCAAUGGGAGAAAGAAGACUCCGAUGUGAAGACACCGUUCUUCGGCGAGAUCCUUGGAGCGUUCAAGGUGAUGGAACGUCCCAUGUGGAUGUUAAUAAUAGUCACGGCGUUGAACUGGAUCGCUUGGUUCCCUUUUCUUUUAUUCGACACUGACUGGAUGGGUCGAGAGGUGUACGGUGGAGACUCGGGUGGAAGUGAAAUAACGAAAAAGCUUUAUAACCAAGGAGUACACGUUGGUGCGUUGGGACUGAUGUUAAACGCGAUCGUUCUUGGGUUCAUGUCGCUUGGUGUUGAAUGGAUUAGUAGGAAGAUGGGUGGAGCUAAACGGCUUUGGGGAGUUGUUAACUUUAUCCUUGCAGUGUGUUUAGGCAUGACUGUUUUGGUUACAAAGUUGGCUGAGGAUCACCGGAGAACCGCCGGUGAAUUUGCCGGUCCGACCAAUGGUGUUAGAGCUGGGGCAUUGACUCUAUUUGCUCUUCUUGGUAUUCCACUUGCUGUCACUUUCAGUAUCCCCUUCGCACUAGCUUCCAUAAUAUCAAGUAGCUCUGGCGCCGGCCAAGGACUUUCAUUGGGAGUUCUAAAUUUGGCAAUCGUGAUACCACAACUGGUGGUGUCACUUGGAUCUGGACCGUUCGAUUCGUGGUUUGGAGGUGGAAACCUACCAGGAUUUGUGGUCGGAGCUAUUGCAGCGGCACUCAGUGGCGUAGUCGCAUUAACCGUUCUUCCUUAGUUUAAAGUUUUAUAUAUGUAUGAUAUAUCAAUGCCAGCUCUAAUAAUUUAAUACCCCUAGAGCAAGAACAAAAUGUUGUCCAUGUUUAAAUGAAUGUUCCUCUCUGUAAAAACUUCCUUGUUUUACACAUAUAACUGUUAUGAUAUCAUCAGCU